UAUUCUAAGCUUAUUCAACUGUUGCCCUUUUAAUUGUCAAUCUGGUGCAACCAAAUGUACAACCUUUGGUUCUCCAUGCACAAAAAACAACAAAAUGUAUUUCUAGAGAGGACUUUCUACAACCUAAAAGCAUGACAGAUCAUUCAGACAUAUAGUGAACAGUACUGUAGGUCACUAUUUUCUUUAAUCUCCACACAAAUGUACGUUUCAUUUUCCUUCUUCAUCCAGGUUUGAAUCCCUUCUGUCCCCACUAAACUGAGAAUCACAAAAUGGAAACUGAAGUAACAGUGACCACCUCAUCGAGCGUGGUCUCAUCCUCCACUCCCCAGACCUUCACCGCUCAGGCCAACCUGGCAGCAAAGCAGAGAGACAACAGAAAGAACACAUCCGCAACCCCGGCCUUCCUCUCCAACCUGGGGAGGGCCACCCUGCGGGGGAUUCGCAGGUGUCCGCAGUGUGGCGUCUACAACGGCACCCGGGGGCUCAGCUGCAAGAACAAAGCGUGCGGGGUCUCCCUCAGAAAUGCUUCCCCGGCGGCGGGCAGGAGCAGCAAGAAAUGUGGCGUGGAGGUGGUGAGGGUGAUAAUAGACAGUGAGGAGGGGAUGGAGAAAGAGGGUGAAGGUGUAGGAGAAGGUGGAGGAGGAGGAGGAGGAGUCCUGGGCGGCGGCUCAAGCUCAGGUGUGCAGGUGUUUUCGGUGUGUCACAGAGGAAGAGGAGCCACAGCUACCCAGUUUGGCUUUGUUGAACUCGUCCCCACGGAUACGGCCAUAGCGACAGGUGACGGCGCCACCCUGCUGACCCGCAUCAACCUUGGGCGCUGCUUUUUGCCCUCGUGCAGGCAGGGUCAAAGGUCAAAUCAGGGCGAGACAGAAUCCAUGGCGGCCAGUUCCAAACAGUCCUCGGACAGCCUCUGCGUCCACAUCAAGCAAGCGAUCGAGUGUCGGAGCAGCGCCACGCCGCUGACCCUAAAGAGCUCCGUCCUGGAGGCUUUGCAGGCCUCCAUUCAAGCCAGGAAGGAGCUGUGGAGGCUGGCCACGGAGUCUCCGGGCCCCCUGGUGCAGCGCGUAGCAAAAGAAACCCUGGUGGUGAAGUGCCACGUGGAUUCCCAGAAUCCUCUGGGGCUUCUGCAUCUCACUGUGGGAGCAGGUGGACUGUCUGAGGGUUUAAAGAGGGAGGAGAAAAGGAGCAGAGAGCAGCAGCAGAACGCCGUCUUUCACUGUGCCUGUCAGGUCAGCGGCGGCAGGAAGAGUAAACAUGGCGUUGAUGCAACGGGUGGAUCCAUCAACUCACAUCCUCCGUCUCCCAGCUCGGUCACGUCACAGCCCUGCUUACACUUCUACGCCUGUGUGUGCGCCUUUGCGAGUGAUGAGAAGCUGGCGUCAGAGUUUGCUGCUUUCAUCAAGUACACCCCCAGUGGUGUUCAGCAUAACUCUACCAGUAGGGUAGUGAGUCCCAGUGAGAAGCCUCCGCAACAGGCCGACCCGGUCAACUCUCAUCCCAAAACAAAGAAACUUCGUCUGGAUGAAUCUCUCUCUGGGAGUACGCAGGUCGUGGAUGAGCGUACGGUGACGAUGGGCUUCCAGCAGUGGUUGGCCAGCGUCACAGAGAGGAUCCACCAGACGAUGCACUACCAGUUUGAUGGGAAACCAGAACCUCUGGUGUACCACAUACCGCAGGAGUUCUUCAACGCUCUGCAGCAUCGUCUGUCGCUCGGCUCCAAGAAGAGGAGGCUGCCCAACUUCACAACAGCGUUUGUGAGGAAUGAUGGAUUUUCUCUCGGCUCUUUCUCCAAAUACACCUGGCACAUCACUAAUCUAAUGCAGGUCAAACGCAUCUUUGACACCUCAGAGUUGCCUCUCGAGCUCUCUCAGAGUUUUGUAAAGAACGCUGACGGCUCUUAUUCACGUUUUCACUGCCCCGAGCCUCCGCCCGAACCAGAACUACCGGAGGGAUACAGGACGGAUCGGCCGCAGGCUAUACGACCGAUGGAGCUUCGCACCUUCCUCAAAGUCGGACCGGCGGAUCAGAAGGAGUCCGGUCCGUUUGUGAUCGAGUGGAUCCCGGACGUUCUGCCUCGCUGUCACGUGGGAGAGCUCAGGAUCAGCUUUGAAUUCGGCCACCAGCAGAGCGGUCAGCCGGAGAACUGCGAGAAAACGAGUGCCGUGGAGAAAGGAGGUCGUAACAAGUCGGACUCGACCCAAACCAAACACACGAAGGCUGUUGAAAUCCUUCAGCUGGUUGUCUAAUGACAGGAACCAGUGUCGAAACCUGCACUCAUUCAUUAUAACUGCCUCUGGGAUGACGGAUAUGGAUUUAUAUGACUCACUAUGUGACUUACCCCAUCCAUCAGUAUUAUAUUAUGCAAGGUAUGGAUAAUCAAUUGCCAUGUGAAUUACACAGUGUAUUAUUGAUCAGUAUUUUUACAGUCUAGUCUGUGAUGGAGCACUUGGCAUAAUGCCUUUUACUCACUGUUAAAUAUUCAUAAUAUAAAACUCACAAAUAAAAAACAAAACAAUAAAAUAAGUAUAUUUUUGGAAAUGUAUCUCUUAACUUAUGGCUUCAACAUUUUUUACUCAAGACAGAUCAUACAACCAGUAAUAAUAAAUAAGAACUCUUUCUCUUUAAAUGUGCAUAUAUUUCUUGAAAUUUGUCAGUGUUUUUCACAACAG